CAGUGCGAGUUGUUAGAACGAAAUUGCAUGGGCUGGGAAUCGGACGUGUGCCCGUCGAUCUUGAUGCGAAAACCAUCGCGGCGGUGGGACAAAUACUGCUCUGUGCACUCCGCCUCCUCACAUUGUAUCCGAUUGCUGCGACCGCAACGAAAAAAAACGCCAAUAAAACCUAGCUAAUUAAUGUGAUAAUGCUGAAUAUUUAAAUCAUCAAAUUCGGACGACCAAGCACGAUGUGGAUCCCUUUAAAGUGCCUCGAACUGGACGCAGAGAAUCGACAGUGCCUCGAGAGAUUACAGCAACCGGCGGAAAGAUCCCCCGAUAAGAGCUUAAUCCCAAAGGUCAGUCGGCGCUAUCAGCCCGCGGCCGUCCCAUCAUUCCUGUCCAUUGGAAUUGCGGUGACUAUCUGCCUCGGAUCUGCCCUCGGUGCUCCACAAUCCUCCUGCAUCAUGUGCGACAAGGAGGACCUGCGACCACGAGUUCCUCCCUACAGCGACAGCUACGAGGAGUACACCUUCGACCACCAGGUGACCCAGCAAGCGGCCCUGGAGUCCAUUCAGAAAUUUAAUGGGUCAAAAGGUCAGAACAAUGCCUGCAGUUCAAUCAAGUGCCCACCGAAUACACCAAAGUAUUGCCUAGGAGGUCAGUUUAUCAACGACCAUUGCUGGUGCGAGCUGCAACAUAGAGAAGAGGGCCUGCCCUAUGUGCCUCACGUGUGCUUCGCAGAUCAGAAGGUACACACGUCCUCCGUGGAAUCCUGCUUCACGUUCGUGCAGGUGAAGGAAUGCUGCUGUGCUGAGAUCUGGAUCAAGAAGUGGCGACACAUUUCGGGCAGCUCCCGUAGCCAGCACGUGCCAAAUGUACUAGUACUGCUAAUAUUAAACCUGCUUUCUGCAUUCAGUAUACUCAGCUGCAGAAGUAGGAGGCGAAUAUUUUGUCAAAGCUAAGAAAUCGAGGCGAAGUCAUCAUGUGAAAGCUGUACAACAUAGUCAUAGAGCAGUAGGAUCUAGUCGUAAAAACAUUCAAAUAAGUGUACUUAGUUCAACAAAUGUCCAAUGGUAAUCAAACUUACUUGCUAAGCAUAUAUUUAAGCGUUAAUAAAUACACGUUUAUAAAGCUAA